AAAAGGAUAAAAAGGUCAAAAUAAAGACCACUGGCUAGGGUGGGUGUCAGGAAAGUGCUCUCGCAGACGGCAAACAAAAUCAAAAUGGCUGCUUCUGGAAUCAAUGAACAUCAUGAAGCAAGAAGGAAACAAAGGUUUAUUGAUAUGAAAGCUUUACAUAAAGAACAAAUGAAGAAUCUGUAUGACUCUGAUCCUGAGUUUGCCAUGGCAUCAGCAAUGAAACCUCAGUCAUCUUAUGACUGCCAAGUUGAUGGUGUUCGUAAAGUGGGUAGUCCUCCUGGUAUCACUGACCAAGAUAUACAAAAAUAUCAGAAACCAGGACAAUCUAAAAAUAAUUACGUUGUUUAUACUGCUAAAUUACCUGACAGAUUAUCAUCGAUCAACUAUUCUCAACAAUGGUAAAAAUAAAUAAAUAUAACACCAUGAAGAUCAUGUCUGACAGACUGUGGGAAAUAACGAGCAAUAAAAAUCAAAUCUUUUAUAAUUUUUACUUUUUAAAAUCAAAAUCGAUGAGAACCAAAUAAGAGAUUUUUACUAUCAGUAUUAUUACUAUUAUUAUAUAUGUUGGUUUAUUGUAAUAAAUUAUACCUUGGUCUUAAAA